AUGCAGACAAUCAAGUGUGUCGUGGUGGGAGAUGGUGCUGUCGGAAAGACCUGCCUGCUCAUCAGCUACACCACCAAUGCUUUCCCCGGCGAGUACAUCCCGACGGUCUUUGACAACUACUCGGCAAAUGUGAUGGUGGACGGAAAGCCUUGCAGUCUAGGCCUGUGGGACACUGCCGGACAGGAAGACUACGAUCGUCUGCGCCCUCUUUCAUACCCUCAAACAGACGUCUUCUUGAUCUGCUUCUCACUCGUGUCGCCGCCCUCAUUCGAGAACGUCAGGACAAAGUGGUGGCCUGAGAUCUCGCACCACGCGCCUAACAUUCCUAUGAUCCUCGUCGGAACAAAGCUCGAUCUGCGCGAGGACCCCGAGACAGUCGGCAAGCUGCGGGAACGAAGGAUGCAGCCCAUCAUGUACGCGCAAGGAAACCAGAUGGCGAGGGAUAUUGGAGCCACAAGGUAUCUGGAAUGUUCAGCAUUGACACAGAAGGGAUUGAAGGGCGUAUUUGACGAGGCGAUUCGCUGCGUGAUGGCUCCUGCACCAGUGAAGUCUCGCAAGAAGAACAACUGUAUCAUCCUCUAG